AUGGCGACUCCAUAUGAAAAAGAAAUGGAACGCUUACGGACACUUCUAGCUGAAGUUGAAACAGAUGAAGAGUCGAAUGAUGAUGGUGACAACGAGCCGGACAUUUCAGAAGAAAACUUUUCGGACCAUGAAAUUUUCAAUGAUAUUAGUAAUAAUAACGUUGAUGGUGAUGAUGGUAGUGAUGAUAAUCAUGAUGAUGAUAAAAAUAAUUACGGUAAAAUCAUCAAAAAUGAUGAUAGUGGUGGUGUUGAUGAUGAUGAUGAUGAUAAUGAGGAUGAGAAUAUUGGUAGAGAAGACAAAGGCAAGAGAGCCAUAUUCCUCUUAGUUGUUGCACUUAAAUCAGAAUCUUCAGGGAGCAUUGAGCUGUAA